AUGAGUAAUAUUUACAUUCAAGAGCCGGCAACUCGUGGAAAAGUUAUUUUAGAUACAACUGUUGGUGAUAUUGAAAUUGAACUAUUCUCUAAGGAAUGUCCAUUAGCAUGUCGAAAUUUUCUUCAAUUAUGUAUGAAUGGUUAUUAUGAUGGAACUAUUUUUCAUCGAGUUGUACCAAAUUUUAUUGCUCAAGGUGGUGAUCCAACUGGAACAGGCGAAGGAGGCGAAUCAGCGACCGGCACAGCAUUUGCAGAUGAAUUUCAUACACGAUUACGUUUUAAUCGUCGUGGUCUUCUCGGUAUGGCCAAUCAUGGACCGAAUACGAAUGAUAGUCAAUUCUUUUUUACAUUGGGUAGUACGCCGGAACUCGAUAAAAAGAAUACAUUAUUUGGCAAAAUAGUCGGUAAUACUUUAUUUAAUAUGUUGAAGUUAGGCGAAGGAGAAAUAAUUGGUGAAGCACCAGUACGUGCACAUAAAAUAAUCAAAACAGAGGUUAUAUCCAAUCCAUUUGAUGAUAUGGAAGCUCGACCUCGCGCUAAACCGCAAGUGACUGAUGAUCAUGAAACGAACAAAAAAUCCAAAGAUACUUUUUAUGCUAAAGCAAUCAAAAACUAUGGUCUACUUUCAUUUGGAAAUGAAGCGGAAGAAGAUGAAGAAGAAAUAACAAAAGUUUCCAUUGCAUUAAAACAAAAAGGAACUGGAAAGAGUGCACAUGAUUUAACUAACGAUGCAACAUUGAGUAAAACUACAGUCCGAUUAGAUGACGAUGAUGAACAAAGCGACGAAGAACUACCUAUCGAAAAAGAAAAUCCAAAAGUAGCAGAGAAAAGUGAUGCAAAUUUCGAUAAAGAAGAACUCGAUCGCGUACGAAGAAAAUUUAAUGAAAAAAAAUUAACAAAAAACGACAAGAAAAAACCAGUUAAACUUGAUGCAGAAGAUGAUGAAGAUGACGACGAAAAAGAUAUUUCAUCAUCAAAACCUGACAAUAUCAAACUCGAAAUCGAACAAUUAAAAAAAGAAUUAAAACAAUCGAAAAAAGCAUCCACGUCUACUAAACAAUCAGAAGAAAGUGUUCCAGAAGAAACAGAACCUGUACCUGCCCCUGCACCCAUAGUACCAGCUGCUGCAAGUACUUCUGCAUUAAUGGAUGAACUAAUGGCUGGUACAAGACGAAACACUAGAAAAAAUCAUGUUAGCCAUUCGAAUUCAAGAGAAUCUCAAACUCUAGAUCUACUAUCAAAGUUUCGUGCAAAACUUCAUGCUGUUAAAGACGAUCCAGCCAGCGAACCUGUAAAUGAAACACCAGGAGAACAAAAAAAUGAUAAAGUUCCAGAAGAGUUCUUAAAACAUCGUUUUGUAUCGGACGAACUUUUGGAUAAUGUUCAAGAUAUUUAUACGAAUGCUGAUUUAUUAUCUGUUUAUGAUCCAAGAAAUCCGAUGACAAAACGACGACGAGAUGAAAGUAGUAUGUUACUUCAACAAAAAAAACAUAAAGGACGUUCAUGA